UUCGCUGUCACAGAAGAGAGAGAAAAACCUCAUCUUCUCUCUCUGAAAACACAAUCUUCAAUCUUUUUCAUCUUUUCAUAUAUAUCAAAACAAUCCCUUUUUAACUUAUCUCGAUUCAGCGGUAUAUCUUGCUGGGUCUUUCUCUGUUUUUUUUGAUCGGACAGCGGUGAUUUAAUCUCGAAGUGAAAAGGGUUGAGGUAUGCAGCAGGGUGAUCAGACGGCGUUGAGCUUGAGACCUGGUGGUGGUCGAGGAGGCAGACUCCUUACUCCUUCUUCAUCAUCUUCUGCUACUCUUGCUUUCGGUUCCUUUUCUUCUGAUCUUCCUGGCUUUCGACCUCAUGGCGGUGCUGCUCCUCCUUUCUCUAUUAGGGCUGGAGACUCACGGUUUGAGGGUCGUGAAAGUGUGCAGUACUCAAAAGAGCAACUUUUGCAGCUUAGAGAGGGCAUUGAUGUAUCUGAUGAUAUCCUAAAAAUCAAACAAGAAAUUGAAGCUGAACUCUUUGGUGAAGACCAAAACUGGGGUCGUGGAGAAAGCAAUCCAUCAAACCAAACCCAGAGUCGCUAUUCUGAGCCAGACAAUCGUGAUUGGCGUGGCCGCUCAGCUCAGUAUCCUUCUGGAGAAGAGAGGUCUUGGGAAUCUCUUCGAGACAGGGAAUUUGGUAGCAGACAAGAAGCAAACCGGCAAGACCAGCUCAGCUCCCAGUUCUCUAGAACACAAAUUUCUUCUAACCAAGGGGGAGGACCUGCUCCUACCUUAGUGAAGGCUGAGGUGCCAUGGUCUGCCAGGAGAGGGAGUAUUUCAGAUAAAGAACGUGUUUUGAGGACUGUUAAAGGGAUACUGAACAAGCUGACUCCAGAGAAGUAUGAUCUUCUUAAGGGCCAACUUAUAGAUUCUGGCAUCACAUCAGCUGAUAUCUUGAAGGAUGUUAUCUCUCUUAUAUUUGAGAAGGCUGUUCUGGAACCUACAUUUUGCCCCAUGUAUGCUCUUCUGUGUUCUGAUCUAAAUGAUAAGCUCCCUUCGUUCCCAUCUGAUGAACCUGAUGGCAAAGAAAUCACAUUUAAGAGAGUCCUCUUGAAUAACUGCCAAGAGGCAUUUGAGGGUGCUGAUAAGCUAAGGGAAGAAGUGAGGCAGAUGAUUAUUCUGGAGCAAGAGAUGGAUCGUAGGGAUAAAGAAAGAAUGGUCAAGCUUCGUACGCUUGGAAACAUCCGUUUGAUUGGGGAGCUUCUGAAGCAGAAGAUGGUACCUGAGAAGAUUGUGCAUCACAUUGUUCAGGAGCUUUUGGGCCAUGAUACUAAAGCUUGUCCUGCAGAGGAAAAUGUUGAAGCUAUUUGUCAGUUCUUCAACACUAUUGGUAAGCAGCUGGAUGAGAGUCCAAAAUCCAGGCGGAUAAAUGAUAUGUACUUUAACCGAUUGAAGGAAUUGACUACAAACCCUCAAUUGGCUCCGCGACUGAGAUUCAUGGUUCGUGAUGUUCUUGAUCUCCGUGCAAACAACUGGGUUCCCAGGCGUGAGGAGGUAAAAGCCAAAACAAUCACUGAAAUCCACUCUGAGGCUGAGAAAAAUCUUGGACUGCGCCCGGGUGCUACUGCUAGUAUUAGAAAUAGUCGUGUUGUUCCUGGCAGCCCAGUGAGUCCUGGCCCUGGUGGUUUUCCUGUUUCUAGACCUGGUUCUGGGGGAAUGAUGCCUGGUAUGCCAGGAACUAGGAGAAUGCCGGGGAUGCCUGGAAUGGACAAUGAUAAUUGGGAGUUCCCUAGGACACGGUCAGCGCCAAGGGGUGAUGGUUCAUCUGUCCAGACUGGAGGACGCAAUCAGUCACCUAUGAUCAAUAAAUCUACUUCAAUGAACUCUAGAUAUUUACCUCAGGGUAGUGCUGGCCUAAUUAGUGGGAAAACAAGUGCCCUGUUGCAGGGCAGUUCUGCUCCUCCUCCUAGGCCUGCCAACUCCAUUUUGGGUGCAGAGCCUGUAUCCCAAGUACCACUUGCUGCUAGACCUGCCCCUGCUGCUGCUGUUGCUAUGCCUCCAGUUAUGGAGGGAUCCCAAGGAAAUCCAGAUGAUCUUCGGAGAAAGACAAUCGCCCUUUUGGAGGAAUAUUUUGGUAUUAGGGUAUUGGAUGAAGCACUGCUGUGUGUUGAGGAACUAAAUUCUCCGUCUUUCCAUCCUGAGGUUGUCAAGGAAGCUAUCUAUCUUGGCAUAGAAAAAAGUCCACCUUGUGUUGAGCCGGUUGCAGAACUUUUGGAACACUUGCUUAAUAAAAAGGUUCUGACAACUAGAGACAUAGGGACUGGAUGUAUGCUCUAUGGUGCCAUGCUGGAUGAUGUUGGCAUUGAUUUACCAAGGGCACCCAAUAACUUUGGAGAAAUGAUUGGGAAACUAGUUUUGGCUGGGGGAUUGGAUUUUAAUGUGGUGAAAGAAGUUCUCAAGAAGGUGGAAGACGACGGGUUCCAGAAAGCUGUAUUUGAUGCAGCAUUAAGGAUUAUCAAUGCUAGUCCUCUCAGGCAAGCUGUACUGGAUGCAAAUGCCUCCGCGAUUGAAGCCUGCAAGAGUCUAUUCUAAUUAGCAUAGCUUUUCUCUGAAUGGGAACUUUACAUCUAUAUCCACAAAGCACUUACCAUGCUUAAGUCAACUUCUUCACAGUUCCCCCUACCAUUGUCCCCUUUUUUGAGGCAAACAACUUGGUAUUAUUUUGAUAAGGUGGGGCUGCCAAGAACAGGUAAUAUGUUUUUUUUCUUCUUAUGAGUUGUAUAUUUUUCCGAGGUCAUAGCUGUGUGUUUAUUGAGAAAAAAAAAAUAUUUGAACACCAUAAUGCCAUGGAUUUUGUUCUUGAGCAUGGCUCAUCAUAUGCCAAAUUGCUCGAGCAGACCGGCCCUGCCCUUUUGUGGGUUCCGGUUGUUUUGUAUUUGAUUAGAUUUUGUUAUCAUUUUUUCUCCUUUCUUUCUGUGACUCAGUAAUUUAGUUUUUUUUACCUCAGUUCAUAAAUCCCUUGUUUUUCUAUUGUCUUUCCAGUCCACAGAUAAACUGAAGUGGAUUCAUAAUGUUGAU